UCCGCUGCUCUCCACUGAUUGGCCAGCGUCAGGUGCACGUCGCCCUCCUCGGCACGCCCACGCGUGACCCCCGCAGGUAUAAGAGGUUCGGAGAGGGUGCGGGGGUCCACAUCAAGUGCCAGUGCCAGUGAGCGGACUCUAUACCCCCCCCGCACCCAACCGCGACCCCACCUCCAAUAUGAGCACCAGUUAAGGCGGCUGGCUGCAGGGCUACUUCCGGUGGGGAGCAUGGAGCUAUCGGACAUGUCGUUCAAUCUGGCGGGCGCGGGCUGUCCGGGCGACGACUUCUACGACGACCCGUGCUUCGACACGAGCGACAUGCGCUUCUUCGAGGACCUGGACCCCCACCUGGACCCCCGCCUGGUGCACGCGGCGGGCCUGCUGCAGGCCUGCAAGCCGGACGACUCGUCGUCGUCGUCUUCGUCGUCGUCAUCCGGGUCUUCGCCGCAGCGCGCGCAUUCCCGCGGGCAGCACUCGCGCGGUGCGGCGGGUGAGGACGACGAGCACGAGCACGUGCGCGCGCCCAGCGGCCACCACGCGGCGGGCCGCUGCCUGCUGUGGGCGUGCAAGGCGUGCAAGCGCAAGACCACCAACGCCGACCGGCGCAAGGCCGCCACGCUGCGCGAGCGCCGCCGCUUGGGCAAAGUCAACGACGCCUUCGAGACGCUCAAGCGGUGCACGUCGGCCAACCCCGACCAGCGGCUGCCCAAGGUCGAGAUCCUGCGCAACGCCAUCGGAUACAUCGAGGCGCUGCAGGCGUUGCUGCGCGCCGGGGCCGCCGGCGCCGCCGCCCCUUCUUCCGGCGACGCCUGCUACCCGCUGGUGGAGCGCUACGCCGCCGACUCGGACGCCUCCAGCCCCCGCUCCAACUGCUCUGACGGCAUGGCGGACUUCAACGGGCCGAGCUACCCUUCGUCCAAGCGAGCCACUUUUGACGCCGGCAACUUUUUCAAUGACGACAACAGCAACGGUGUGAAGCGCGAGCGCGUGCCGGUGGUCUCCAGCCUGGAUUGUUUGUCCAGCAUCGUGGAGAGAAUCUCCACCGACGCCAACGGCAGCAACGCAGACGCCCCCGCCGGCAGCGACUCCACCUGCGACCCGCCGUCGGGCCCCCCUGCAGACGGCGCCGACCACCAACAGGACUCCAACCUCAUCUACCAAGUCCUAUAGGUUGCCCCCCCCCGUCCCCGCCCCAUCGAGCAGUUUUCACCACUGCCGCAAGUUGACAUUUUGAUUUGAACUGCUUGCAGCGCACAGGGACACGUUUGAAAUGUUUUUUUAAAUGCUUCCGUAUUUUUUUGCUUCGUGUGAAAAUAAAAAGCUCAAAAGGCCCAAGAUUAUUUUUGGGAUGUAAUUAUGCAAUUUUCUUGACAAAAUUGUGGAGUUGUUGCUUGUGGCUCCUUGCUAAUGCCAAGCAACCAAUUUUCAAAGUAGCCAGUCUUUUUCUUCUUUUCUUUUACGCAGUUUGUUGCCCCCCCCCCCCCCAGAUGGUCGAUGUAUUUAUUGAUGUCGAUGAUAAAUCAUGAAGGCGAAUUAUUGUUGCUUACAUUCCUCUGCUUCAAGCUUCCUUCACGUCCUCCACUUGGACUUCAACGACGACGACAUGGAAAAAAAGGGGGGGGGGAGAACACGUUCUGUUUGAUUGGAAUUGGCAAAAGUUCAACCGUCCGUUGACUGACUACUUGCUGGCUCCACUGCAGCAGAGGACCAUUUUUUUUUUGUACAUAUGAGCUGAUUUUGUAAAUAAGAGCGAUUUGUCAAAUGUAUUUAAUGCUUGUUUGUCGUGACACAAAAUGUUCAACUUUAUAUUUAUACAAACCGAGUGACACUUCAAUAUAAAACAAAUAUACUUUAUUUAUACUGAA